UGCGUCUUCUUCACGGCCCCAGGAAGCCGAGUGAACAGGAGGAGGAGAGAGGAGCCGAACCAUGGAGGAAUGAACCCCUGAGAAGUUUAGGAGGAAAACCUGCAGCCAUGAGAGUCGCCACCGUGGCCUUUUACGCGCUUUCUCUGGGGCUGCUGGCCCUCGGCCUGAGGGAGAUGCUAACAGGCUUCGAGGAGAACAGAUGCAGUAUGACCUAUAUGUUUGAAUACCCAGAGUACCGGCGCGUGUCUCUGCCUCGCCGCGUGGCCAGACUGUACCCGGCGUACGGGCUCUACCUGUACGGAGAGGGUCUGUACGCUCAGGAGACCAGAUCACUUAAACUCACCGGUGCCCCUGUGCUUUUCCUCCCGGGAAACGCAGGAAGUUAUAAACAAGCUCGCUCCCUGGGCUCCGUCGCCUUGAGGAAGGCUGAGAGCACGGAGGGCGGCUUCCACUUCAACGUGUUCACCGUGGACUUCAACGAGGAGCUGGUGGCCCUUUACGGCGGCAGCUUGCGAAGGCAGACACAUUUUCUGCACGAGAGCAUUAAGGCCAUCCUGAAACUCUACAAGCACCUGAAGACGCCCCCUCAGAGCGUCAUCCUGGUCGGUCACUCCAUGGGAGGGGUGGUGGCCCGGGCGCUCUUCACGUUACCGCGCUUCAACACUAAUCUGGUCACACUCAUCAUCACCCAGGCCUCCCCUCACCUGGCUCCGGUGCUGGCUCUGGACCCCUACCUGCUGGAUUUCUACUCUGCAGUGAGACAGAAGUGGGUGAACCAGGCGAACAAGCUCAGGAAUGUCACCGUUUUGUCCGUUGGAGGCGGUUACCGUGACUACCAGGUCCGCUCGGGUCUGACAUGCCUUCCCUCCCGACCAGGAGAUGCCAAUAAGAUAUCACUGGUGGCCACUGCUGUUCCAAGGACGUGGGUGUCCACUGAUCAUCUGUCCAUCGUUUGGUGCAAGGAGCUGGUUCUCGCUACUGUCAGAGCGUUUUUCGACCUCAUCGAUCCUCAGACCAGACAGUUCACAGAAAACCCAGAGAGGAAAAUGGCCGUACUAAACCAUCAUUUCAUCAGACACCCUGUCAGGAUGCUGGGGGAAACUCAAGACAACUCCAUCUCCAUCUUAGAUGUUCCUGAGGCCUGGAGUGAAGUGAACACGCUGCGUCUGGCUUACAGCGCCCCAAAGGAAGGACAAGUCAAAUACUUUUUAUUCGCCCUGUCCAGUCGCAGGAAAGCCUACAGCCAUUUCUACUGCAGGAUCACCAACCUGGAAAUGAGUGGCUGGGUGCACGGCUGUGUGCACAGGAACGGUUCCUCAUGUGUACAUGCGGUGGAUUUGUCCAUGGGAACUGAGCUCCUGCCUCCGUACAAGGUCCUGACUCUGAGACUCAGUGACUUGUCUUCAUUCACUCAUCUGGUCGUUUCGGCCUCAAACAUCAAUGGCAAACUGUUCACAGUGGAGUGCGAGUGGCAGAGACAAGAAUCCCAGACUCUGUCUGUCCCGGUGCCACAUGUCCUGUCAUUUGGUUUGACGUCCAGUGAUGUUACAAUCAACUCCUCUGGACUUCUUCACACCGUUCAGCUGCAGCACUUUCACCAGGUUUACCAGGCUUUCAGAAUCAAUGUUGCAAGCCAAUGUAAAGUACAUAAAGAUAGGCUGCCCAGUGUGUACAGGAUGACUGUGGCGUGGUUUCGAGAGGACACUUUAACCACUGUCAGUGUACCGUCAGUGGCUGAGAUCUCAGGGAUGCUCCACACAAGUCGUCCAGAUAACUCCUCAUGUGUCGUCCUCCAGCUGCACACUGCCCCCAACUGCCAGUAUAAGGUGUCAGUGAGAACUUCAUUACCCAGGGUGCUGGGGCAGAUCCUGAGGUUCUGUGGUCCCGUGGUUCCGGUGUACACCGCUGUAACCCUCCUCCUGGCCUGUGGGGGGCAGCUGUCCUCCAUCCUCAAGUCAAGGAGAUCUGCAGAGUCCAGCCACAUGGUGGGCAGAGGCCUGCAGCCUCUCAAAGUCAACCUCUCUGUUUAUAUUCUUCACAUCUUACUAAGCUAUAACUGGUUUCAAGAUGUCUGGGCCAUGUUUUACCUCCCACCUAUGGACGCUCUCCCCCCUACUUCACCUGACGGGGCGUUUCAUGAAGGGGUGACUCCGGUAGAAGAGUGGCCCCACCUCAUUUCCCCUCUGCUCUACAUUCUGGGUGCAGCUGUCGCGUACUGGGGCAGCGCUCUGCUCCGUCUCAUCAUACGAGUCAUCUCACUAAUAUUAGCUCCCCUGCACAGGCCGACUGUGUCUGGAGACUGUGGCACGUUGCGACCUCGGACCCAGGUCCUCAUCACUCUGUGUCUGACUGUUAUAGGCGGGACGUCCUGCGGAGCGUUGUCCAUCUUCGCCUCCUUUCUGCUCCACCUUUACAGGGUGCUGAGGCUGCAGAUGACAGAAAGGUCUUUGAGUCACAUGCUGAAUCUGGCGCCGCGGAAGCACAAAGAAACAGAGAACGGCUCGGUCGACGCUGAAUCCUUGAGCGCUUCUAAAGAGGGCGGUGGCGCCCCCUUGCUGUCUGAGUGCGCUCUGCAGGAGGUGAGGGACGACCUGCAGCUCCACCUCAGCCUCUCGGCUCUCUUCACGCUCCCCGUCAUGCUCAGCGCUCCGUCGCUCAUCCACUGGAUCCGCAACCUGAGGUAUUCUGCUCUGCUGGACCCUGACCCCUGUUGGCCUCAUAUUGUGCCUCUAAUAAUUGUCUACUUGCUUCUUAUUAACUGCAACACUUUAAAACUGAGCAAAAGUAAACUCCUGCCUCUGACCUCCUGCCUCCCUCUUCCCUUGGCUGUUACCAUGGUGACCUUCUCUCCACUUCACCUCUACAGAGUCGCCUACUUCCUGCUGGCGGCCCUGGUCCCUCUGGCCUUGUGUUGCCUCCUCUGACGGUAUCUGUCCGGUUUCAGUCGCCUCCUCCUCCUCCUCCUCCUCCUCAGCCAUAACACACAGCCCGACUCACUGAAGCUGGUUGAGACCAAUUUGUACCUUGAAGACUCUCAAGCUGCCAAGUAGCAGAGCCAUAGACAUACAUAGCCUGAGGAACCGCCUAUACUCAACAUAAUGUUAGCGCUAAAAGCUCCAGAGCAAUUACAUACGCUAGCUUUUCGGUGAGGGAUGUAACGGCCUUGGAACAUUUGGUGCAAAUAUGGCUCUGUUGGAUUAAACCAUGUUUGCCUUACUCUGUAUAUCUAUAGCUCUGCCUUCAGGGAGCAGGAACUCCACAACCAGAGAAGCUACUGAUAUUCGAGAUAUUCUCAACAGGGUGUUCGCGAUGAAAUGUACCGAUUUUAGUUUCUGGUAUCUACAGUGGCGUCGCACACUGUGAUCUCAAUGCUGUAAACUCCUUCCACUGCCUGCUGCUUAGCGAUGACUGUCGUAGAGCUGCCUCACGCGUUAAAAUCCACGAGGCGAAUCCAAAGCGAACAUGUUUACAUCCUCCCUCAUUCAUUUCAGCGCAGUUAGCACAUGACACGACGGGCUGCUGCUGGAACGAGGCUUCGAGUGGGCGUGCGGGUUUUGAUAUGUCUGCGUAAUUUUAUACAGCGGAGGAAGAUGGCGUCGUUGCUCUCUGACCUCCACGGUAAAUACAGCAGCAUCGCUAGCGCACAUCCACGCACACAGGCGGCGUAGAGGCUCAUCUAAAAUACACCACAGGCCAAAAGUUUGGAUGCAGGAUCAGUCGAUCGAUUUGUGCAUAAUAGUUUGCAUCAAAAUAAACAUGAUUAUUAUGUAACAGCAGCAUAUACGAGGCAGAUAUUUGUAUGAAGACUCUAAAAAGAGUUGAAGUGAACAAUUGCUGCUCAGAAACAGAAGAAGUUGAAGGACAGGUGAACACACUAGAGGCGCUGCUGUGACGCGUUUGAGACCCGCCGGCCUCCUCCAUCCUGCCUUAAUGUGCCAAAUUAGCUGUAAUGGAGACGUGUCCGUGGCCUAAAUGCAGUUAUGAGGUGAUUAGAAGAAGAUGUAGUUUAUGCUAAUGAGACAAACGAGCAUCCAGGGACGGAACGUAUAGAUAUUCACUCAUUUGAGGUUGUUGUGGUGUUUUGAUAUGAAUGAAGCCGUAUGUUGUUGUCGUUGUCGUUGCUGUUGUUGGGGAAGCUUCUGGGUACUUACUUGUAUAUUACUGACAGACUUACAGCAUUGUAUUUAAGGAUUAGUUAAUAUCAUAUUUAUAACCAGCUGAGAUUACUGCCUCUUUUUUUUUUUUUUUAAUUACCUUUUAAUUUAAAAUUAAAAACUACUGCACUGACGGCGCGUAGCAAGUCUUAAAACAACAAGAAAAAAAAAUCUUGUGACCGUACGAAUGUUGUUUCUCCAGAUAAAAGAACUCUUGUUUAUUUCUUGUCAAACGCUUUUGAAAAGACCAAAAUCAGCAGCUCAGUUAGUUAUUUAUCUUUCUACUUGAAACCUAGUGAUGUUCGAUACGAUGAUUAAAAUUAAAAUUCAUGCUGGUAUCGCCGAUACCGAUCCUUUGUCUAAUUACGCCCAAAUGUGUCUGAUAAACCUAAAAAAUAGUAGAGUAUUACAACUCAUAGCUUCUUAAAGAAUACGAGACAUCAGAGUAAUGUAUUUAUUUAUUUUAAAAGUAUAUUGAGGUAGUGGCCUCAGUUACUAUGUAGCCGAGUUAAUACAACAACAGAAAAACCAGCAUUACCUCCGAUGACUGAAGUAUCAAAAGUAUCGAUAAUUUGAUGUGAGAAUCGAUGUUAGAUCAUAAAGACCUGGUAUCAGAAGUAUCGAUAUUUCAGUAUCGAGCAGUACAUCACUACUGAAAUCCUCCCUGAUGCACCAUGAAUACAAAUAUAAUACAAAAAAGUAAUAAAAAUCUGUGACCAGGUUAAUAUUCUGAUAAGAAUAAACUACACUGUUGUUUUCAUGGUAAUAAAGGAGCCAUGUGAGUCACUAACGAGGUUUUAAUAGAACCAAAUGUUAGUUUUGGUCUUUUCGUGGGGUUUGUUUACAGGAAGAGAAAUACACAUUAUCACCACAUACACUGUGUCAUGUAGUGAAUAGGAUGUAACAUUCAAUCUGAAGUGGAAAGAACACAACAGCUUCUAAUCAGGAACGUCUGUCAUGAUGAACGCUGGCUGCUGCUGUGUGGUGUGUUUGAUGUACACCUGCCUCUAUGUCACUUUUUUAUUUUUAUUGCCAACGUUAUCUCUUUUUUUUUUUGUAAACCAGCUGCUCUCAGAGUCUGAAUCGGUUUAUUAAACCAGUGGAAUAUUUUCCGUCUUUAAAAGGUGGUUUCAGACUAAAUACCUAAGGAUUCAUAAACCUCCUGAGACCCUGCGUCCUCAUAUGGGGACACAUUUGGUCGUGGUAGCAAAGGGUCAAUACACUAGUCCAGGGGUCUUCAAUGCAAUAUUAAGCGAUCUCUUAUCCCUUUACUAAAAUAUGUUGGAUUGAUUUUAAUGUAUAUUAAAUAAAUUUAAAUUUGUGGGGGAAUUAAAAAAAAAAGUAUAUGUAUAUUUUGCACUAGUCGGUGUAAAAUCAUGAAAGCAGGAAUUUCAGCAGAUUCAUGAGCUGAUCACAGGACAAAAAACUUCAUCAAAUUUUGUUCUUAAUGAACUUUUCUAGUUUGAUAAGAAUCACAAAUUUAACAAGCUACGUCGCUAAUUAGCAAGCGCUCGUUUGAGGACGUUCUGCUUUUGCAUUAAAAUAAAUAGUUUUAUAUUUUGGUCACUUAAUCCCUGUGUCCACAUAUGAGUUUUUUGUUUGUUUUUUCCCCCAAAAAGGUCCUACUAAUCCUUAAUACUUAAAGAUCUUAAUCAAAUUAGGAUGCGUUCCACACAAAAGGGUCUUAGGAGGUUAGUUACUGACACCAGGACGUCAUGUUUUGGUGUCCAUCAUCAUCCAACAGUGCCGUUUUCAUUUUCUGCCUCUUUCUGUUAAAAACUGUGUCUUCUACUACGUUGCUUUUGUCUUACGUCCCGUUAUUUUCCCCCCCUCCUCUCCUGUCGGUGAAGCAGCUGCUGUGCCUUUCAGCUUUCUUGUGUAUGCAGUCAUGCAUCUGUUUCCCACCGAACCAACAAACCAUUCAGUGCUCGUUAAAUCACGAAGGCCUGCAGUGAAUCUGCGCUACACUACCGGUCAAAAGUUUAGGCCACUAUUUAUUUAUUUUUUUGUGUUUUUUUUUUUUUUUUAUUGAAAUAUAUGCAGUCUAAUGUCUCAUUUUACUCUGAAAUGGAAGCACAUUGAACUAAAAAUGGAAAUCAAAUAUUUUUCUUCACAUUUUUGUUGCCAGAAGUUCCCAGAAAUGUGUGGCGCUUGUAGAGAGCUUUGCUUUCAAACCAGCUCCAUGGGGUUAAAGUCUAGAGACGGGGCCGUGGUUCACUCCAUGUUUUCAAGCUUCCCACCUUGUUGUUAUCCUGAGGUAGUUCUGGUUGAGCUCGGACUAAAGUUCUGGGUCAUUAUGUUGCUGUAGGAUGAAGAUCUGACCAACUAUACCAGAGGAAACGGUUCUAAAACCUUUAAGCUGCAGUGUAUGGACUCAGAAAAAUGUAGAGGGAUUUAACGUUUGUGUGUAACAGACACUAAAGUUCAAUAGGGACCAAUCAUUCACACACAGAAGACGCCGCCGUUUUCCUCCAUGUGAAUGUACUUGCACUGAAUGUCUCUUUACGUGUGAAUUUCUACAGUUGCCAGUGGCGUCGGUCAGUGAGUGGUCAGCUUUUCUGUGCACGUGUCCAUUUGGUGCAGUUUUAGUGCUUCGAGAUGCACGUCGUCCGCCUCGUUGUGAACCGGUGGCGCGCACCACUCCGUAGUGACUACGACUAGAGGCCAGAGCUCAAUGUUUUUAUAUGAAUAUACUUGUGAUUUGUAUCGGUGUUCACUGUGAUGAGAUUUACCUUCGAGGUUUUUCCUCUCCGUCCACAUUCGCCCCCACGUGUCAUUUUCAGUCUGAACCGUUUGACACCGAGCGUCUGCUCUAAAAAAAUAAGUGAAAUAAUUCAGGGAAUCAAAUUUAAUAAAAACAUUUUUUUUAGUCUUUUGUCCCCUAAAACAACAGAUAAAGUGAAUCGCUAUAAUAAAUGCUCCACUCAGUCAAAUGAACCAAUAUAUCCUCACAUCCACGAUUAAGUCAAUGAAGAAUAUUUUUCUCUCCUAAACCAAAUUUCUUUUCAGCAUCAAUGCAGUUUUUUUAUCAUUAUUAUUCUGACGUUACUAUUAGCUAAACAACUAAACUACUGGAACUAAAACUAAUUCACUACUACUAUUACUACAAUUCAACUGAUUAAACGUUCUUUAUGGUCGUUUAUCAUUUUCUUUGCCAAGUAAAUCAUAUAAACCAGUGUUGACUAGUAACCGAAGUAAAAGUCAUACUAAAUGUUCCUGCUUUGUGUGCUUUAAACUCUUGCCUGUCUAGAAGGACUCUGAAACCUGUAAACCUCCUGCUAGCUGAUCGCUGCCAGAACAAAGUUAAAAUGUACCACAUCUGCUUUAUUUCUUUCUUUCUUUUUCUUUGUUUUAUAUUUUCUGGCGAGGCGCUAGCAGGGAUGAGUGUUUAAUCCUCAGGUUUAUGUGUUGAAGUUGGUGGCUUUGAUGUUUUUAUAUUUCUCACAUUUUUAUCUGAUGUCGUUGUAAAUGGGCGACUUUUUGGCACCACUGUUGUUUCAAUAAAACCAAGAAAAUGA